CCUACCCGUCUUCUACAGACCUUGAGCACUGGCACAGGAACACAAUAAAAGGCACCUCAGAUGGGUCCGUUGUUCAGAACAGCGAGCCCUGCUACAGAAACACCGCUUCCAUCGCUUCAAAGAUGUGGCUCUUGAUCUUCUUGGUGUGGCUGGCGGUAUGGGCCGGCGGCACGUACUGGUACUUGUUCGGGAAACCCAGCCCUUUCUCUUUGGAGUCCGUGCGACCCCCCGGACCCCGUGAGUUUGACCAGAAGAAGCGGGACAAAGUAAUCAAACAAGGUUUCAGUGUUGACAAAGUUCCUGAAAACCUGGAUGUCAUCGUCAUUGGUAGUGGGAUCGGCGGGCUGACAGCCGGGGCCACAUUGUCCAAAGCAGGAAAGAAAGUCCUGGUCCUGGAACAGCAUGACCAGGCCGGAGGAUGCUGUCACACCUACAUCGAGAAAGGCUUCGAGUUUGACGUUGGUCUUCACUAUAUCGGUCAAGUCCAUGAAAACAGUCUGCUGCGAAUCGCCUUUGACCAGAUCACUGAAGGGCAGCUGGAGUUUCAGGAGCUAAAUCCGCAUUUCGACACCAUCCAGAUCGGAGUGGGUGACGAGAAGCGGGAGUACACCAUCGUGUCCGGUAAAAGUGAAAUGAAAGCUCAUCUGAUGAAGCAGUUUCCUGAUGAGACGGAGGCCAUCGAGGAAUUCUUCAAAACCAUGAAGGUCUCAGCUAAGAAGACCCACUACCUGGCAACGCUGAAGCUGAUCCCUCAGUGGGUGGCUUUGUUCCUGCUGAAGUCUGGCAUUGCAGACUUUGCCUCUUCGGUCUUCCGUCUCUCUGGCACCAGAGCGUCUGAUUUUGUAAACGCGCUAACCAAAAACAAGGAUCUCCAAGUCAUUUUUUCUUAUCUCUUCUAUGGUGUGCCCCCGAAGGACUCCAGUGUUCUGAUCAACGCCCUCCUGAUUCACCACUACAAACGGGGAGCCUACUACCCCAAAGGCGGCGCCAGCGAGAUCGCUUUUCACAUCAUCCGCACCAUCCAGAAAAGUGGAGGGAACUGCCUGGUCAGAGCCCCCGUCUCCCAAAUCCUGGUCAACGAGAAGGGAGCGGCUUACGGUGUGAAGGUGAGGAAAGGCCAGGAAGAAGUGGAAAUCCACGCGCCUGUCGUCGUUUCGAACUGCGGCAUCUUCACCACCUUCCAGAAACUUCUCCCACCCGAGAUUCAGGUCAAACAAGGCAUCCAGGAAAGACUGAACAUGAUGAAGCACGGCAGAGGUUCGUUCUUGGUCUUCUCUGGAUUUGAUGGAACUCAGGAGGAAUUGGGCCUGGUGUCCACUAACUUCUGGCUGUUCAAGAACAAUGACAUGGACAAGUCAAUGGAUGAGUUCUUUGCCAUGAACAAGGAAGAAGCACCUGAUAACAUCCCCAUGAUGUUCAUCACAAUGCCUUCUGCCAAAGACCCUGAAGCCAAAUUACGGCAUCCUGGAAAAUCUUGCAUGACCAUACUGACCAUGGUCAACUAUGAGUGGUUUGAAGAGUGGAAAGACACCUCCGUGCGCAAAAGGGGGGAUGAGUACUACAACUACAAAAUGAGAUUUGCCAACCACCUCUUCGACUGGGCCUGCACGCUGUUCCCCAAGAUCAAAGACAAGCUGGUUUUCCAGGACGUGGCAACCCCACUCACCAAUUCGCACUACCUGGGCUCUCAGCGUGGAGCCAUGUACUCCGCUGAGCACAACCUGGAGCGUUUUUAUGCCGAGAGCGUGGCCAGGAACAGGUGCAACACCCCUGUCAAAAACCUCUUCAUCUCAGGCCAAGAUGUGUUUAGCUGUGGGAUAGCAGGCGCCCUGCACGGCGGCCUCCUCUGCGCCUCCACGGUCUUAGAUCAUAUCGUCUACAUCGACUUGCUCCUCCUCAAGAAGAAGCUGAAGAGGAGGAAAGCCAGAGAGUUGGCCCAGCUGGCUAAGAAGCUGCAGUGAGCACUCCCCACUUCCCCCGAAGGGCAACGAGGAGACUGCAGAAUGUAGAAAGCAACGUUUGCAGGAAUACACUCAUUUGAUCGAAUCUACACGCACUUUUCUGAUGCUGAGGAGGGAUAACAGGGAUGUCCUGUUUAUGCGUUCCACACUGUCACAUUGUUUUAUUCAGUAUUUAAAACUGAUGGCUCUGGUUCACUCAUAGGGAAGGUCAGUGUCUCUUCAUCAGUUUGUGCUUUGCAGUUUGGCCUUGAGAUGAUUGACUGUGAAGUUGAACUGUGAAUAUUACCAAAACAGAGAACAACAAAAAAUGCUGAAAAUAAGAAAAAAGUUGGUCGUGGCAGGAAAUGACUUUAAAUGACACCCGUUGCUGCAUCACAGCCAAAAACUGGUGGGCCUUUGGGUUUCGGAUGGUUUCCGAAAUGAUGCUUGUGCUGGCCCAUUGGACAUAUUUUUGCCUGUGUUUCUCCUGUGCUUUUCCUACUGUCAGUGUUAUUGCUCCGUUUUGCUGUAUUUAGGGGUAUAAUGACCUUUAAGCUGCUGCAUUGUGUUUGUUUCAGCUGUCAUGCAAUGGAUAGCAACACCUGGAUAACAAAUGAAUAAAUCUGCAUUGAACUUGAAUUCUCAUAAAAAAAAUUUUUAAGGGUUUUGAUGUUUUUUUCUCAAUAAACUCAAUUGAACAAAUAAAGAUGACAUCAUCAAAUUUGCAGUGUUAUUUCAAUAAAAUGCCACUGAAAGACAAAACUAGAAAUUAUUUGUUAAAGUCAUUAGGGCACUCAAUAAAAAUGGAGGUAAAAGC